CCUGCCACACGCGAUUUGUGGAAUGUCGCGGUGAUACAAAGAUCGGCUCUGCAUAUGACACCAAGAAGAACAAGUCUAUGACGUAGGUCGACGCGAGCUUCCUUUUCCGUCGCGUCUCCCCGACCAGCAUUAUCUCAACCCUCGACUUGCACCACCACAACAAUGAACGCCUACGAAACCCAACGUUUAAAAAACAUAAAGCGCAACCAGGCCCUAGUCGAGCAACUGGGCCUCGAACACAAUGCCGCCAAACUCUCAACCUCCAGGCCCAAGAGCAGCUCCACGAACGCGAAACCAGGCAAGCGACGAAAGCUGCUAACAGGUCAGCCCACACGGACAUCCGCGCGCAUAGCAAGCGCAGGGAUCCGUCCAAGCUAUGCGGAAGACGAGCUUGACAAAUCAUCCGCCUCAGCGGGUUACCAGCCGCGCAGAGCCCAAAGCCAGAACCCCCAGAGCGCGCGCUCGGUCUCUCCCGCAAACACAAGCGCAAAGCGCGAUCCGCAUCCUGACCUCGCGGCCAUUAAAGCCGGCUGGACCUCUUGGACGUCCUCCGCGCCCCCGCCCACUCGCGACGAGCACGGCACCUUCCACUUCGCGGAUGCGCCGGGCUUCACGCCGAACAAGUCGCCUGAGGAGAUCCUGCGCGAGGGCUGCUUCGGGGGGUCAUAUUUCCGGCCCUUGUACUCGAAAGCUCUAGGCACGACUGUCGAGGAUGACUGGCGCGAGCUUCCUGACGAGUGGAUCGCCGGUCUGGACGUCCAACGCUACCUCACGAGCCCUGAGUACGAUGCCGAGGUCAAUAAGUUCAAGGUCGCGUGUGGGCAGAGCAUUGAGGAAUGGGAGGCUGCGGGAUGGAUCGCGCAUGAGUAUGAUGUGCGUGGCUGGUUUCAGUGGUUCUGCCGGUUUUGGCUGGGGAGAAGGUGCGACGACGAUGAAAGGCAGAUUGGGAGGUGGCGGAAGUGUGUGGGGGAGACGGGGAGGUGGCGCAGGAUUUUGUUGAAGAAGUACGUCGCUAUGGGUGUCAGGAGUGUGUUCGAUGAGGGAGGUGACGAUGAUGCGAAGGGGGAUGUCAGUCCUGUCGUGCAUCAGACAUGCCAUCAUUGGGCAUACGAGGUAAGACAAGAGGCGCUGGACAGAUUUUGGGAAGAGGGGAGGUGAGCAUAUUGGAUCACCUGUUCGAAAUCUCCCGCGGAGAAGUUGUGGUUUUGAGGGGGUAGAGAGGAACCUAUCGGAUCGUUCCCAAACCAACAAUCCUCGAGCCAUCUGUUUGCCAACCCGAUCGCGCUUUGCGACUUCUAGGAUUAUAACAGAAUCCUGGAAUCCCACGCUAGGCAUUUUCUCUGGAUGGAUCUUUGCUUGC